AUGCCAAAAAUAAAUACAACAAACUAUCUUGAUUCAUCAGCAAUAUCCGUAGCUGUUAUAGCUAUGCAAAAUGUUGAUACAAAUGGAAAUUCAAUAAAAUAUUUUCAACGACUACUUCAACGUUUUGGUGUUAUUUAUAUGGCAAUUGUAAUCAUUCUUGGAUUUAUUGGUAAUUCUAUAUCAUGUUAUGUUUUCGUUCGAAGUAAACUUAAACGUUUAAGUUGUAGUUUAUAUUUAACAGCUCUUUCUAUAUCUGACAAUGGUUAUCUUAUAUGUUUGGGCCUUAUUUGGCUUGAAAAUAUACGUGUUUUUAUAUUUCAUAAUAAUGGUAUUUGUCAAAUUACUGUUUAUUUAACAACAGUUUUUAGUUCAUUAUCAGUAUGGUAA